UUUCUUGAAGCCAUCAUAGCCCCAUCGUUCGCCUGUGACCACCAUGUGCCGGAAACAGUCCAGAGUGCUGGCCAUCGUCUGCAUCCAGGCGGCCCUGCUCCUGCUGCUGCACCAGGGACCAGCCGAAGCACUAGUGGGAUCCAGAUUAUGCAAGACAGGAUUUCUUGAGGAUGUUUAUCACGCUAGCGUCCCCAGAAGCGUACGAGAAGGGCAGCCUCUACUAAAUGUGAAGUUUACAGAUUGCGGUGAACAAAGACGGAUACAUUAUGAGACCAGUAACCCUACAGAUUUCCGGAUCGAUGAUGACGGGGUGAUAUUUGCUGCAAGAACUUUUGACAUUUCACCAGAUGAGAGAGAGUUCAUGGUGUAUGGCCAUGAUGAGGAAACCAGACAGUUUUGGCAUGUUGCUGUGAAUAUCACCCUAAGACUUCAGCAUGCACAAGACCAACAACAGGGUUUUUACAACGUCACAGAAAUCCGAUUUCCUCCACAACGUAAGCACAAUGGCUUUCUACACAGACAGAAGAGGGAUUGGGUCAUCCCACCAAUUAAUGUGCCAGAGAACUCAAGGGGAUCCUUCCCACUGGAGUUAGUAAGAAUAAGAUCUGACAGAGAUAAGAGCCUUUCUCUACGAUAUAGUGUGACUGGUCCAGGAGCUGAUCAACCUCCCAUUGGUGUGUUCAUCAUCAGUCCUAUAUCUGGUCAGCUGUCUGUAACAAAGCCUUUGGAUCGGGAACAGAUUGCUAUUUUUCAUCUGAGGGCACACGCAGUGGAUGUAAAUGGAAACCAGGUGGAAAAUCCCAUAGACAUUGUCAUCAAUGUAAUAGAUAUGAAUGACAACCGACCAGAAUUUCUGCACCAAAUCUGGAAUGGGAGCAUUUCUGAGGGAUCAAAACCAGGUUCCUAUGUAAUGACCCUUACUGCUAUUGAUGGUGAUGACGAAAGGCAACCAAAUGGUAUGCUGAGAUAUAAAAUCCUAUCUCAGACUCCAGACACUCCUUCCUCUAACAUGUUUACAAUCAACAAUGAGACUGGAGAUAUUAUCACAUUGGCAGCAGGACUUGAUAGAGAGAAAGUGCAGCGAUAUACAUUAAUAAUUCAAGCCACAGACAUGGAAGGAAACCCAACAUAUGGUCUCUCAAACACAGCAACUGCUGUCAUUAGUGUGACAGAUGUCAAUGACAACCCUCCCGAGUUCACGUCAAUGACUUUUUAUGGAGAAGUGCCUGAAAACCGGAUCGACGUUGUAGUAGCAAACCUAACCGUAACGGACAAGGACCAGCCACACACAAGUGCUUGGAACACAGUGUACAAAAUUGUCAGUGGGGAUGCCACAGGACGUUUUACCAUUAGGACAGAUCCCAACAGUAAUGAUGGCUUGGUGACUGUUGUCAAACCAAUUGACUUUGAGACCAACAGGAUGUUUGUUUUGACGGUAGCUGCAGAAAACCAAGUGCCUUUAAUCAAGGGCAUCCAUCACCCUCCUCAGUCAACAGCCACUGUCUCCAUUACCAUCAUUGAUGUCAAUGAGAGUCCCUACUUUACCGCAAACCCUAAACUUGUUCGUCAGGAAGAAGGUCUGCUUCCAGGAAAUGUUCUCGUAACUUUUAAUGCUCAAGAUCCAGACCGCUACCUGCAGCAGACAAUUAGAUAUGCAAAACUUUCAGACCCUGGAAACUGGCUAAAAAUCGACCCAAUAAACGGACAGAUAACCACAAUCGCUGUUUUGGACAGGGAAUCCAUGUAUGUAAAAAACAACAUGUACAAUGCAACUUUUCUUGCAACUGAUAGUGGUGUUCCCCCCAUGAGUGGCACGGGCACGCUUCAAAUAUAUUUGCUGGACAUAAACGACAAUGCCCCUCAUGUGUUCCCUAAAGAAGUGGAAAUUUGUGAACGGCCAGAUCCAAAUGCCAUUAAUAUUACAGCAGUAGAUGCUGACAUCAACCCCAACGCAGGACCUUUCAUCUUUGAGCUCCCAUAUAGCCCAAUGGACAUUAAGAAAAACUGGACGAUAACGCGGCUCAGUGGUGACCAUGCCCAGCUCAGCCUGAAAAUUGGAUCUCUUGAUGAUGGAAUCUAUAACAUCCCAAUACAGAUCACCGAUUCAGGAAACCCUUCCAUGACAAACACUUCGUACUUGCGUGUGAAAGUUUGUUCUUGUGACAUGAAUGGGUACUGUAGUGGAGUUGCCCCCAUUAUUGGAACUGGCCUUGGAACAGGAGCCAUCAUCGCAAUUCUACUAUGUAUCAUCAUUCUGCUCACCUUAGUAUUAAUGUUUGUGGUAUGGAUGAAACGCCGGGACAAGGAGAGGCAAGUCAAACAACUCCUUAUUGACCCAGAGGAUGAUGUCAGAGAUAACAUAUUGAAGUAUGAUGAAGAAGGUGGAGGAGAAGAAGAUCAGGAUUAUGAUUUAAGCCAGCUGCAGCAGCCUGACACAUUGGAACCGGACACAAUAAAACCUGUGGGAAUACGGCGGAUGGAUGAAAGACCUAUUCAUGCAGAGCCUCAAUACCCAGUUCGGUCUGCUGCUCCACAUCCUGGUGAUAUUGGAGACUUCAUCAAUGAGGGCCUCAAAGCAGCUGACAAUGAUCCCACCGCUCCACCUUAUGACUCCCUCUUAGUUUUUGAUUAUGAAGGUAGCGGCUCUACUGCUGGAUCUCUAAGCUCCCUGAACUCAUCAAGUAGUGGCGGUGAGCAAGAUUACGAUUACCUAAACGACUGGGGCCCUCGCUUCAAGAAACUAGCCGAUAUGUAUGGCGGCGGAGAUGACUGAACUUUGGAUUGAACUUUCGUUUUUGUGGACAAGAACAAACAUUUGAACUGAUAUUCCCAAAAAGUGUAAAGAAGCUUGGCUUUAACUUUGUAGUCUACUAGCACAAGUGCUUGUUUGAAGGCUUUGGCAUAGGCUGCAAACCAAUUUGGGCUCAGUGGGAAUAUCAGUCAUCCAAUACUGUUUGGAACAAAAAUUGAUUGAGCUCAGUUACACUUGAAUUUUACAGUACAGAAGCACUGGGAUUUUAUGUGCCUUUUUGUACCUUUUUCAGAUCGGAUUUAGUUUUAUGUUCAACGCUUUAAUGGUACUGAUUUCUGAAAGGGUGAAAAGACAAGGUAUGUUGUAGGUGGGCUGGCAUAAGUAAACAAGGAUUUCUUCUUCAUCACGCCUUUUUUUUCUUCUCUUUCUUUUAUACAUUGCAUUGCUUAUAUAAAAAUCUGAAAUUGAGAACAAAUUUCAUUAGAAUAACUCUAUUAGCUGCAGAGAAAACCAUGUGAUUGACAUGUAAAGUGCAUUAUUUUAGCUUUUAGGCUUCUUUUCCCAUUAAGAGUCUUGGAUUUUUUUGCAGUUGGUUUCAGGAAAAGGGAGUUGUCAUAUCACCAAUUUCUAGCAUAAGUGAGUUUUUUUUGUUUUUUUCUUUUGUAGCAGAAUUGAUUUUAUUUUAUUUUCACAAGAUAGGCACAUUUUGGUCUUAAUCAAUGUACACUUUUUCUUUUGGGUAUUUUUUCACUUCACUGUAAAAAUGAUAUGUGUACAUAAUGUUUUUUCAACAUAGUCUAUAAAGAAGUUUUCAAACUUCGAAACAUGUGUAUGUAUUAUUUGGACUAUGGAUUCAGGUUUUUGCAUGUUUAUAUCUUUUCUUUUUUUCUUUAUGGAUAAAGUAUUUACAAAAAAACAGGUGACAAACACAAUUACAUAAAAAAACCUGUAGAUUCAGUACACCAGUUUAUUUUUUUCCAGUUACUUAUUGGUUUGGGAGGGAGAAAACAAGAGUUCUUAGCACAAAUGUUUUACAUAAUUUGUACCAAAAACAAAACCGAUAGGGGCAAACUGGCGUUGGUGGCACUAUUAAUACAUGUUUGAGGGGACAAGCAGCUUUUAAACUGGAGGGACUUUGACAACGACUUUGCCUCUGUAUUGUGUACCAGAAUAUAAAUGAUGCACCUCUGACCCCCACGUUCUGAAUAAAAUGCUAAUUUUGGA